AUGGAACAUUCAUUAAUACCUGCAACACCUGUUGAACUAGAACGAUCAAGCUUAGAUCAGAGUUGGGGUUUUCGCCUUCAAGGUGGAGCUGAUUUUCGAUUGCCAUUGUCAAUUAAAAAGGUAAUACCUAAUUCACCAUCACACAAUAAAAUUCAUCCAGGUGAUGCAGUCGCUCUUAUUGAUGGACAAGAUGCAAGUUCAAUGACACAUAAUGAUGCAGAAAAUUUAAUUCGCAAUUCAUUACGAUUACAACUUGUCGUUCGCCGUGGUCAACUCAAUACGAUUCGACCAACGAAAGGCACUGUCAAAUUUAAUGCUGCUCCUAAUCCACGUACUAAUUCAGCAUUAAACAAUACUGUAACGCAGAAUAACUAUCGUCGUUUCUAA